AUGAAUAAAAUUUUAAUAUUAACUUUGGUCAUUUUACCUAUUGUACUUUCUUAGUGUCACAAUGGUUGUGCUACCUGCAAUGGAGAUAUUUGCUUAUCAUGCAGUGCUGAUAAUUCUGAAGUAGAAGCCAACUAAAGAGCCUGUGUAUGCUCAAGUGGCUACUAUGCUUCUUCUCUCACUCCCCUCACUUGCAAUCAAUUGAUUUCUGGUAGUUAAGAGGAUGGAUGUAAUGUUGAAAUGGCUUUAAAUAUUGCUAACUUCAACGUUAAUACUGAUUGUUAUUAUUACACUGAAAAUGCUGGGUAAUCUGGUUCAGAAGCUAACUACAUCAGAUCUGAUAUUUCUAUUGAUACCACUCACUCUUAAUUUAGUGAUGCUAAUUGUAGAGCUAACCUUGUUACUCAUGUCUAAUUUUAACCCUAGAAUAACAAUAGUGGAAACGAAGAUUAAGACUAUGUUGAUUUGUCUGCUCCUGCUAAUGGUGGUUCUUACCUCAGCGAUUUACCUGGUGGUAAUAUUGGUGAUCAAAGAAUCUAAAUUCCUCUUAUUGAUGUUUAUGGUCUUGCUCACAGCCAAACUGUAAGUGCUGAUGGAAAUCAAAUUGUUCAAAUUUUGAACUUCAGAAUUUUAAUCGGAUUCUAAGGUACAGUAUUGAGGUCCCAUAGAUGGUAAUCAACUGUUUUCACCAACAGAAAUUAAGUUUAAACCUUCACCAUCGAUGUAGAUAUCCAAAGAACUUAAGGUUGCUAACCAGGUCAAAACUGUAUCAUCGUUGCUGAUUUGGAUGUUACUGGUAAAUAAUACGAAUCUGAUUGGGUUACAGAAAAUAGUGCUGCUCAAUACACUGUCGGUGAUAUCUUGUACUUAAGAAUAUGGUUUAAAGAUGCAUCUUAUACAAAAUAGCUUUCAUUCUAAAAGUUAUACUACUUAAAUGACUAAAAUUAAAUAUUUGAUUACACUGCUCUUUGUGAUCCUGUAGCAACUGCUUGGAAUCAUAGUGACAAAUCCCUCCAUGUUUAAUUACCUUUAGUUGAACCUUCAUUAAGUGCAACUAUUCAAGUAAAUAUGCUAAUUGAAACUGCAGAUGCACGUUUAAGAAGAUUAUAAAGCUCUUAAACACCAGGUAAUAGUGCUACUCAACAAUUCUCUCUUUCAGUAAGCUCUGCACCAGCAAGCACUUCUAAUUAGACAACAACUAAUACUUCUAAGUUAGUUUUUAUUAUGUUAAAUUUGCUUUCGAUUAUAUUUUUAAUUUGA